CAUUACUAUUAAUGAGGAAGGCGGAUGUUUUUAUGUCCCCGUAACAAGUGCCGUCCUCUUAUUUCCACCAAAUUCUGUUGAGGAGGAAGUAACUCUGACGUUUAGCCGAGUGAGGCAUAAAGAUUGUGAAGUAAAACCCAGAGACGGGGAAGUAUUCGUAAGCCAGAUCCUUAAAAUAGAGCCAGAAGGCGUGAAGUUUAAGAAACCUGUAACAGUUCUUCUAUCCCACUCGCUCUACGAGGACCAGGAUUUUGUGCAUUAUUAUGAGUUGAUCGUUGAAAAUUUAACCACGUCUGGUUGUCAGGAGUUAAAGACGGAACACGUACGCUCCAUUGAAGGUACUGGUAAUUUUAAAGACUGUCGUAGUAGAAAAAAGAACAAUUGGCAAAACAUUCAAUGAGUUGCUAGUUAAGUUUCGCGUUAAAUACCGGGUUGUUUGAGAAGAUAUAUAAUACAAAAGAGCCCCCGUCCCCCCUUUCUGAUAAUCACCCGCUUUUUAGAAAGAAACAUUAAACCCCUUCCCCCAUCCCCCUUCCCAACAAAAACUCCAAUGUGUAUAAUGAUUUUUCAAAAUCAAUCCCCCUCUCUACUAAACCCCUCCCUACUCUCUUAAAUUAUCAACCCCCGGGGGGUUAAUAGAUGGUUUAUGGUAGUUACUUUCGUUUUUUAGAUUUUCCAAAAGAAAUAUCUAAUAAAGAGAUCUUGAAUAAUUACUUGCCAUUCGCAAGAACGUGCAUACACGAAGCUUGUAGCUUAGUUGGUGCAACACGAGUCAGGUCUGAACACAUUUCUGUACCAACAGACGGAAGUUAUACAUUUUCUAAGCAGUAUGGAGUUAGUGCUCAACUGAAGAUCAUGUUUCCAGCUGGUGUCGCGGAGGAGAUACUAAGUUUAAAAGUUCAG